UAGGUCAGCAGGCGAGGGAAAGGUGAGGUCGAAGUGUUGUAUGAAUUCUAUCCGUAGAGGGUAUUUUCUUCAAUUUACGUAACACAAACAAUUUUAUUUGUUGAUACUUCGAUUCGCUGAGACGACUGAGAUGUUUCCAUGACAACUCUGUGUGUUUAAACCGUUGAAUUUGCCGAAUGAUCUUGACCAGUAGGAAGUCACUGAGAAAGGUUUGACGAUGGUGAACAAAACAAAGGUAGCCAGAAUGAAGGAACGAGAGAGGAUCGCUUCAUUGUUAAAGACAGCCGUCCUGAGUCUUUGUCAGGAAAAGUACAAGAAUCCCAUUGAAGUUGAUGCCUUAAUUUGUGUUGCUCUGACACCUACUGACAACCAUGUGGUGAAAAUUCACGAGACACUUGGGCACUUUGAAAACAAGACUUCGGAAUUAUUGUCAUCACAAGAUGCAAAUGGUGACCAAAACAUAUGUAAGGUAACAGACAUCUGGUCCAUGGGCCCAAAAUCAAAACGAAAAAGGAAGAAUACAACUGAAUUAAAUAAGCUGAUACGAAUGCAAGGAGGAGGUGAUUUGUCAGCAUGGCAAGCCGAUGAGAGUGCUGAAAAGUUAUCAGAUAUUAGCAUUACUGCAUCAGGUUCAGAAGGGUUGAAAAAUGACACAUCUGUGAAAAAAUAUCCGUAUCUGGUCCAGACCUUGUGCGGGGAGGAUAACAUGUAUUUGAGCUCUGUGAGUAAAGAUGUAUUGAAGAAAGAUGUAGAGAAUCCUGUGACACCCACACAACCCAAGGAACCAGCUUCUGUUGCAUCCAUUCUAUCAGGGUUGAUGAUUCCGAUGAGUACAGCAUCAACACCCGUCCCACCUAUCCCUGCAGCAGAAAGUCUAAACAUCCAAGCUUCUGAAACCAGCAUACGUCGAAAGAGAAAGUUGGAUCGUGGCGAGAUAAGACGAGCAUCCCCGGUGACACAGGAUGAUGACAACGAUAGUGAAUCUACAGAUUAUACCUCGAUCAAAGAAAAGAGUGAAGACAGCCUAUACAACCAGAAACCUUCAGACAAGGAGCAGGAGUCCAGUGUAAACAAUGAUGAAAGUAGCAGUAAUCAAACAAUGAGCGAAACUUUACCUGGAGGCAUAGUAAUCAAAGAAGAACCUUUAUGGAGCCCUAAUGAGGACACUGAAUCAAAAUGGCAGACAGAAAAUGAAGAAGAAAACAACAGUGAGGUUGAAAAUAGUCAAACUUCCAGCACAUGCAAUACUCCAACACAUUUUUACCAGUCACAGCCAGAAAGUACCGAGAGCCUAAUGGAAAUGUCUGUCACUUCAGUCAAAGAAGAACCACAAGAUUCUGAUCCCGGUGAACCAGUAAUGGAGAUUGACACAGAUAUAGAUUCAUCACAGCUUGACCAGAGUAGAAAUUGUGAUUCAGGCUUGAUAUCAGAAACAACCAAAAACUCAAUUCUUUUAAAAAUUCUCAAAGGGAAAAGUUUAGCUGAAGCUUAUAAAAGUAGUGUACCAACAGAGAGGUUAAGUGGUGGAAAUAGUAAUGGAACGUCUGCUUCAGUGAGUCAGCAAAAUACAGGAGAAGAUCAGGAUAAUUCCCUUGUCUACAGACUUCCAUUUGUGUCAUUCCAAGACUUAUUUCCAGGAGAUGUUUCUGGUGAAAAAAGCCAGGAAAGAGAAAAUGUUUCAGUCACCAGUCCACAUGAAACAUCAAUGAGAGUUGGAUCUGCUCUCACACCAACGGAGCAUGCCAAUCGUAAAUUUGAGUUGCUCACAAGAACAUUACUGGAGAAGAGGAACAGAGUAAAGGGACCAUAUUCAACACGGCUGUCUUCUGGAAGAAAAAACCCAGUUAACUACACCGAAAUGGCAGAUGUAGGGUCAGAUUUUGAUGGAAGCGAUGACUCUUCAUCUCGAAGAAGUGAGCUGGAUGAUUCAUACUCUCCAAGGUUGCAAGGGAUGCUUGAUGAGGAUGAGGAAAAGAGUUCACGACGCAGGAAGAAGGGAUACAAUCGUCCGCCAUCAGAAUUUUCAGCAUACAAACAAAACACUACUAAUAUGAAAUAUAACAUGGAAUCAGAUACAAACUUGAAAUAUGAAAAAACAAAUGAUCAAAGAUCAUCAUCAUCACCUUCAUCAAUAACAUGUCCACCCAACAAAUCCUCAUCAAAUCUUCUGUUGUUUGCCUGUAGUAUUUGUGGAAGUGAAUUUUCAUCACGUGCUGAGCGUGACCGCCAUGAGGAGGAAGAGCAAUACAGUGAGUUUGUGAAAUGUCCACUUUGUAAUGGGUAUUUCGGUGAUGAAAUGUCCAAAAGAAAGCACAUGCGAGAACGCCAUAAGGUAUGUGAAAAAGAGUUGAAUUUUAAGUCCACUGGUUCGGGGUCCAGUGGAGAACUCAGAGCUCUCGAAGUACCUAAAUUCUCUGAAGGAAUGCUCACAUAUCACACAACACAGUGUCCGAUGUGUUACAAUUUCUUCUAUAGCGAAGCUGAGAGGGAUGAACAUUUAAACAAAGAACACAAUGUGACGCCUGUCACACAAUGAUGGUGGAAACAAAGCCACAUCUGAAGUGUCAUAAACAGCAUAUAGCUAAUUCUUACUCAAGCGAAAAACUCAGUCUGUCAUAAAGUGGAUCACACAUAACAUGAUAUCAUCCAUAACAGUAACUGUUUAAUAAAAACAUAAUGUCAGUCCCAAUAAAGCUGAAUUACACACAACACCUGUCACACUGGUGAAUCAAAAUGCAAACACAUCAUGAUCAUCUAUCACAAAAAAAUGGUGGAUCCCACAAUAUGACCGCCACAAUGACAAGAUAAAACACACAAAUUUGAGUCGCAUAGGGAUUCAUGUCCCACAUACUUGUGGAUCAGAGAAUAUAUUGACAAAUCAUCAUAAAUGUCCAGGUUUAGAUGACAAAGAUUUCAGAAGAGCAGUGUGUAAAUGUUGUACAUAGUAUAACUUUUACUCUGUGGUACUUACACUAUAGUUACUGGUAGCAGAUCUAGAAUAUCUGGUUAAAGUGAUUACAAGAAAAUGUGCGAAUGUAACAUUACUGUAUUGAAUACUACAAUACAGAUGCUUGUGUCGUUUAAAUGAUCCCUAUAUACGUCUUUACAUGAACAGACUUGUGCGCAUUAACCACUAGGAUUUGUCUCCCUUUAAAACAUAAAUAUUUAGCUUUGGAAAUGCAUUGCAAUUGCUUUAAUUGGCAUCCAUUGAAGAAGAUUUAUAUAUGAUACAGCAGCCAGGCCUUUGUAGUAUAUAUAUAUUGUCAUUAAUAGUCUUAACCGGCUAAAAGUUUGCAGCAACUUAGAUCUUGAAUCAAAAUGUUUUCACAAUUAAUGAUGACUUUGAUUUUAAAUGCCACAAGUCUCAUAUAUAAUAUAGUUUUUAUAUGACAAUGAAUGUUCAUAGUGUAUAAUUAUCUAAGUCAUUUUCAUGAUUCUGGAUGCAAAGAUUCCAAAUCAACCUUAAUUAUAAGCUAAUUCAAGCUACAAAAGAAACGAUACUCAAAAGAGUAAGUUUCUUCUAGACAAUUCUAUGUAUGGAGAUGUCGUGAUGGUAAAACUAGCUGCAGUCAUAUUGUUAUAUAAGACGAUGCUAAUAACUGUUAGUGAUAAAUUUUGUUUUGUACAAAGUGACAGUUUUUAAUUGUAAUGUUGAGUAAAUGCUGCCAUAUUAUUGAAUCUGUAUAGGUUCAUACAGAAGGAUGUGUCGUACAUGGAAAUAGUGCAGGUGUAGUGAUUAUUUUUGUAAGAGUCACCAAGGUUUUUGUAACAUAAGAUUUCCACAUUUUCUAGUUUACAAUAAUACCUUAUUUUAUUUAUUACCACAUAUGAUUUCUCCAAGAGUAACAUGUUACUGUACAUGAAUAAUUAAUGGCAAUUUGAAGGUGAUUUGUAAUUAUAACAUUGACGUUCACUUCAGAGUUAUUUUUUGGAAAAUUUCUGUAAAUCAGUUGUUCAUUAAGAAUAUUUUUUUUUACUGGAAAUAUUUUAUGGUAACUGAAAAACAAAAUUUAGAUUAGUUGUUGAUUUAUUCUUUAGCCUUUUGGAUUCAGCACUUUUUAAAGUUCAUCUAGGUGAAUUUUUUUUUUCUUAAAGUCAUAUACCUAGUAUACAUAUCUGAGCACAGAUGGUUAUUACAGGUCUGUAAUACCAAAUUUGUAUUGAUACAGAAACUGUAGGAGCCAAAAAUCACCUACAAAUUCAGCCACUUUGAGAUACAUUUGUACAUAGUAAUGGUUUAAGUUUGAAGAAGUAUUUAAUUACUUGAAUCUUCAAAUUUUAUGAGAUGUUAAAAUGUUGAUUAAUCUAUUUUUAGUUCAACAUCAUGAGAUGGUUGGAUAUUCAAAUCGCCCUGCGUCUGUGGUCUGUCCUUAAGCAAUCCUUGUGGUUGCUCUUUCUUGAAAAGUACCAGAGGGAUAUUUCUCAAACUUAAUGUGUAGCUUCAGCUUGGUCCCUUGUUGUGCCAAUUCAAUUUAAAUUUUUGAUCAGAAAAAUAAAAUUGUCAAAAGGCAACCAUCUUUGAAUUCGAGGAUUGAAGUAUGUUAUCGCUAUUUCAGGAAAGAUAUUCCUCAAACUUCAUGUGUAGGUUCCCCUGAUCCCUUAGCAAUUCAAUUUAGAUUUUUGCAUCAGGCGGCCAUCUCUGAUUUUGAAAAUUGAGGAUUGUUAUUGCUAUUUCUUGAAAAGUACUGUUGGGGUGUUUCUCAGACUUCACAUGUAGGUUCCAUUUGUUCUUGUUAUCAGAUUAUUGAGAGGAAAAGAAGAGAGAAUGUUUGACAGAACCAAUAAAUAUCAUUCAAUGGUGGGAGCCAAGAUCCCUCUGGGAUCUCUUGUUAAUGUUUGUAAAUGACUUGGAAGCCUCUAGAAUUAUUUUGCUCAUAUAUUGUAGAACAUGAUAUGUUAUUAAUUUAAUUUCCUUGUUACAUUUAAUUUGGUUUCAGAAAUUUAAUGUUUUGGAAGUUCUCUCAACAGCAAUCUUAAUAUAACGUAAGCAUAUUUGUACAAGUUGCACAUGAUCAUAUAUGAGUUUAUACAAGGACAUACCAGUACUGUCAGCGGUCUUUGUGGUCAGUUA